AAUUUGUGUUCAUAUAUAUUCUCAUCGUAUGUGCAAAUAGCGGGCUUGGUCUUCUUCACACACUCUGUCCUCAUUCCCACCGAGAAAAUAGGGGAAGAAAAAAAUCUCAGAGAAAUGGAAACAUGUUCUUCCAUGGGAUAAGAUGAACCACUACAAUCUAUGUAUCUUCACAUAUUUUGAUGGUGAAAUAACACACUGAAUUUCAGAGUUUCUGAAACUCCUGUGAGGCCUACAUGAUAAUCAAAAUAAGCUUUCUGGCUGUGGCUUCAAUUGCAGCAUAUGCAGUUUCACACAAAAACAGCAACUACACCAGGAAGCAACUAGACUCUGCCGCCAUCAAGCCUCCGGAGAAUGAUGGCUCAAACUUCCAACAGCAACAGAACGAAGGAGAGAUGGAAGAUGAGGAGGAGGCGGCUGAAAUAUUUAGAAGCAAACAAAUGAACAGUCUGAGUGAAAUAGAGCUCUUGGUAAAGGAGCUGCAGCAGAGGAAAGUGAGGCUUGAAAAGAAGCUGCUAGAAUUAUGUGUUCUGAAAGAAGAGCAAUCGUACAUGGUUCACUUGCAAAGGCAUAUGGAGGACAAGUCUGCAGAGAUUGGCAUGCUUAACGUCACCAUUGCUUCUUUGCAGGCUGAGAGGAAGGUUCUUCAGGAAGAUGCCAAGCAGUGUGUUUUGGCAAAGAAGCAGCUGGAGAUGGCAAAGAAGAUGAUAGCAGAAAUGCAGAAGAAGAUGGAUUCUAAUGAGAGCAGCAUUAUGAAGGGAAGGCUGUUGGUGAUGGAAGAACAAGUUUCCAGCUUUCCCAAGGAUGAAAUCUCAGUCAGAGAUGCCAUAGCUGAGAAGAAGCUCAAAGCUGUUAAAAAUGUUGAGUUGGAAGUUUUAAAGAUGAAGAGGAGAAACAAAGAGCUUGAGCUAGAAAAGAGGGAAUUGGCAGUCAAGUUGGUCUCUGCUGAAGCCAGAAUAAGUACCCUGUCCAGCAUGACUGAGAGUGAAACCGUUGCCAAGGUUGAAGAAGAAAUAAGCAGGUUGAGGCAUACCAAUGCGGAACUCUCAAGGCAAUUUGAAAGGCUGCAGAAAAACAGAUUUGAAAUGGUCCAAGAACGUGUGUACCAGCGCUGGCUCUACACUUGCUUGAGAUUUGAAACCCAAAUCCACAACAGUUCAAGCCAUAAAUCUCAUGAGAAAAAUGAACCAUUGAUAUCAUCAAAUCCCAGUUACUAUAGCCCUUCUUCUCACACAUCUUCAACUAGUUUGAGCGAUGAAAUUGAGACUACCACCAUUGACAGCUCCUCUUCAAGUAGCCAAAGAAGUAUCAACAAGAAAUCUGGUUUCAUACAUAGAAUUAAGAGGUGGGGAAGAAGCAAUGAUGAGUCAGAUGCCAUUUCAUUAUCAGAUAGGUCUUCUGGAGGAAACUCCCUGAGCAAGAAAGGUCUGGUUCGCAGGCUUUCCACAUCAAUGGUUCCGGUGAAGAAGACUUCCAUUCUGAGAAACAAAGGUGACAGUGGAACCAGUUCUUCUUCUCCAUCCUCCAAGACACCAACAAGUUCAUCUAGAGGGAGGAGAAGAGUCUCAUUUAGUGAUUCAGUCAGAUCAACAACCGAUCAAUACUCUAUGCCAAAGCCAUUUGACCAUCAGAGGGUAUUAAUGAAUUCAACCCAAAAUUACAACAAGAUUGAAUUUGAGGGAGAGACACAAGAAGAAGACCCUUCAUCACCAGAAGUGAGUGUUCCUGCAACAAAUCCCACAUUGACCAAAGAUGACACCAACAUUUCUGAAAUUGCUGACACAGAAGUGGGGUUGAACAAAAAGACCAUGCCUUUGCCUUGUGUGGAUUUUGUUGCUGAGAAGGAGAACAAGGUGGAUACAAAUAAUGUUGUGGGUUUUGUUGCUGCAUUAUUUUUGCUCCUCUUCAUCUUAGUUGCCCGUCUUACAUAUUAUACAGCUAGCUAGGCCUCCUCCUCCAUUUAUGCUAUUAAUUCAGCUCACCAAGAUUAAGUCA